CUAUUUAUUCUUCUUCAAAAACUAUCAGACCCCCCCUCCCUUCCUCUUCAUUUCCUCACUACUUCAUCCUUUCAAACUUCAUCAUAUCAUAAUUUCCUCUUUGAAAAUGGCUUCCUUGGGGAUUCUUGUAAUUGGGUUUCUCUCACUUGUCUCUUCUGUUAAUGGCUACUAUGGAGGUUGGUCCAAUGCUCAUGCAACCUUUUAUGGAGGUGGUGAUGCUUCUGGCACAAUGGGAGGGGCUUGUGGAUAUGGGAACCUAUACAGCCAGGGCUAUGGGACUAACACAGCAGCUCUAAGCACUGCACUGUUCAACAAUGGCUUGACCUGUGGGGCAUGCUAUCAGAUCAGGUGUGUGAAUGAUCCUCAGUGGUGCCUCCCUGGCUCCAUCAUAGUCACUGCCACAAACUUCUGCCCACCAGGUGGCUGGUGCGACCCUCCCCAGCAACACUUUGAUCUCUCUCAGCCUGUCUUCCUCCGCAUUGCUCAAUACAAAGCCGGGGUUGUCCCAGUUUCCUACAGAAGGGUUAGAUGCAGGAGAAGAGGAGGCAUAAGGUUCACAGUCAAUGGACACUCUUACUUCAACUUAGUCCUUGUGACAAACGUUGGUGGUGCUGGUGAUGUGCAAUCUGUGGCCAUCAAGGGCUCGAGGACUCGGUGGCAAGCAAUGUCAAGAAACUGGGGCCAAAACUGGCAGAGCAAUUCUUACCUCAAUGGACAAAGCCUCUCCUUUCUUGUGACCACCAGUGAUGGCCGCAGACUGGUUUCUUACAAUGUUGCCCCUCCUAAUUGGUCAUUUGGUCAGACAUAUACCGGGAGACAGUUUCUCUAUUAGUUAAUUAUAUAUCUCUCUGUGUAUGGUUAGAAAAGCUUGUUUUACUAUUCCAGUUUGUUUAGCUACAUGUGGUAAAAUGUAAGGGUAAAAGAUGAAAAAGGUUUGCUUAUUAUAAGGUAAAAAAUGAAAAGGGUUUGCUUCAAAGUGAGUGACCUUUUUCAUUUGAUUAUAGAUUUGUGAGUUUUUGCAGGUCAUGGCUGGAAUUAUGCUGAAGCCUCAUGGCCAUAUCUGCUAGAGUGAGAGAGAGUGAGAGAAAGAGAGAUCUAGCUAGAGAGAGAAUCUGUAUGUAAGGCAGUCUGGUAGUGGAAAUUUACCACCCGCUGUUAAUUCAUGAAGUUAUGAAUAAUAAAUAGAAGGGUUUUUUUUUUUUUAAGAAUUACUACCAGAUUAGCAAAUGUAAUAAACUUGGGCUGUCUAUUGUGCGGCUUUUAAUUUCAUUC